AUGGAUAAAGAACCUCAUCCUACCCCGGCGUCCAGUUUUGAUUUGAGAAACCGCGGAAUCGCAACUCCUUUCUUACUACCUAAACCGGAUCUGCCCCAGACGAUACCCAGCGCAACAGGCGAAUCGCCGUUUUCGGCCCUCAUCUUCCCGUUCGCCGUCUCAUCUGCAUCGCCCGCUCUCAUGAACGCCUUGUUGGGUCUCUCAGCUUCUCAUAGAGCGAGGACCGACAAAACGUAUGAGCCCGUGGCUCUGAGCUACUCGGCAAAGGUCAUCCGGUCGCUCCGCCUGACUCUCGAGAACAAGUCCUCCAUAGAUAUAGCGGCCAACUCGGAGAUCCUCGUCCUCGUGAUGCUCCUCUGCCAAUUGGAGAUCAUUGCCGAGUGCGAUAAGCGCUGGGUCACGCAUCUGCGGUGGGCCCGGGACCUCAUCAGGUUCAGACGACAAGCCAUGGGUUCGGAUGUCGUGAAAAUGGAGGAUCAUGCGUAUGCUGGUUUGGAAUGGGACGCUGAUACCAGAGUGGCUGAGCUGAAAUCACACUAG